CGUGCGCAAUAUCUGCCAAUCUCGGAAAUGUCGGAGGGAGGAAGCGGCCCUUUCCAAUUUUCCGAUGGUUGCAGCUGAGAGGUAUGCAUGGUGGUGGUUUUCUCUCCCUGGAUCUGCUGAUCUUGGAAAAGUUGGAGGAGGUGAUCCUUUCCAAUUUUUCCAAAGUUGCAAGUAUCUUCACAGGAGAGCCCUCUACAUUGUUGGCCUUGCAGAAUUCUGUAAGGGGUUUGCUAGCGUCAUUUGCCCCUUUCCAUACUCAAGCUUUGUAUGAAGCAUGCUUGCCAUAUGCCAAGUGCGUGACAUUUGACCAGUUCAUGAGGCGCCCCGCACUGAAGACAUUCCAGAGCAGCAUGUCUUUUCAUUGUGGACAAGGAAGGUGUCUAGCAAACCUCUUAUUUGGUAUUAGAAGUUGGGUACAUUGGAGAUCUAUCGAGAAGCAUUGCCUAGUUGGAGCUGGUGACUGAUUUGCGCUUUCCAGUUCUCCUCUCCUGAAAUUCUCAAGGGCCCAGCAUUCCUUUUGGAUUUCCUGACCAUUGCAGGUGCCUUGGGUUACUGGUUGAUGGGAGAUGAAAUUUUGGGGAGUGAUGGUAAAAGCAUUGCUUCACCUCCAUGGGAUAUGAGAUUGUUUGCACGCAGUUUGAGCAGAUUGGUCCUUUUGUUGCAUUUGUGAUCUGGCAACUGGGGCAAGUGAUAGAAGCAUCUGCGGAUGGAAAUCUCUCCAACCUGCAAGGGAUUCAAGGACCAGAGCUGGUGAAUGAAGUUUUGGCUAUGGGAAUGAAUCUUUCAGGAUGCUUAGAGGCCAAAAAGACUUGGUUUCAGGUUAUGGUUUAUAUCAUAGAUUGGGCUAUGCAACUCUGUUUUGAAGAAAUCAAAGUCCUACCGUUUGCAUAAAGCAACAAGGAACAGAACUGUUUCCUCCUCUCCCCAUCAAACUCAUGAGAGAUUUCUUCCGCGGUUGUCUGGACAUGUGAAAAGCUCCAGUUGGAAGGUGGACAUUCGUCAUUUCUCUUAUUCUAACUCAGGAGAAGAGAUUUCUUCAGUGGUCAUUUGGAUGCAUGAAAAGCUCCAGUCAGAAGGUGGACAUUCCUCUCCUCUUAUGAGAAGAGAUUUCUAAUUGAGACGUUUGGAUGUGAAAACCUCUGGUUGGAGGGUAGACAUUGCUCCCACUCCUCGCCUCUCCUCUCCUCUCCUCUCUUUACUUCUUAAAGGGUGGUUUGGUUGCAUGAAAAGCCCAGUUGGAAAGUGGACAUUCCUUGUCUGCUAACACACAUGAGAUUUCUUCAGGGGAGUUGUUUGGAUGCAUGAAAAGUUACAGUUGGAAGGCAGACAUUUAUCUCCUCCCAACUCAAGAGGAGAUUUCUUCAGGGUUGGCGGAUGUCCGCAUGAAUGAGAGCUUUCUUGCAUUGGAUGCCACUAUUACGCAACAUGGGUCCAUCGGGCAGCGCUGCCCACAAAAGAAGUUGAAUAUUGUGGCCACCACAAGGGAGACUAGGGUGCAGCUAUCCUGGCUCCAUCUGAUUUUUAUUUCUAUUUUCAAUCUUGAUCUUGCUCGUAUCAACCCUGGAAGAAACUCCUGUCAUAAAGUGGCCCAGAUAGAUUUUGUAAGGUUGCGGGUGGUAUGGGGACAACAUAUUGGACAGAGCUGAUUGUCAAAUAUUUGACAUUCUUAGAUGACGGAGCUGAUGGUCAAUGUCAGUAUACGUUUUGGCUAGAAAAUCAAGUGGAUCAACUGCUCUAGAUGUAGGGCCCUUAAUAAGAGGUUAAAUUCAGAUGGUUAUUAUUAUUAUUUGCAACCAAAUGAGCACCGGCAGGUUAAAUCCUUGGACCUACUGGAGUCUCAAAACCAUGGGGGUUUGGUUGGCCACUUUUGAUUUUCGGGCCCCAAGGAUGACACGACGGGGGCAUAUGAUGUACUACCUGAAUUUUGAGGUCGUGGGAGAAAAUUGAGUUGGUUCACGUGAUGGAAUGAGUGGAGGGGGUGUCUGCACAAGCGGUACAGGGCGAUAAAAGCCUUAUCCACAGACUACAGCUUCACAGCCUCGUGAUAAGUGUCUGCACAAGCAGUCGAGGGUGAUAAGCCUCGUAGCAGUACACAAGGGGCUGUCAUUCCAAUGCCAUACUCAAAUACUUGACCGAGAACAAGUCGCGUGGAUGGUUUUGUCUGCACCUCUCUAUUUGAGUGUGAUUAGUACAUUUCUUUACAUUUGUAAAGCUAUUGAGUACAA